AUGCCGCUCUUCCCUAACUACGAGGCCCUCCAACAGACCUUCGGCAGCCCGUAUGGGCACAGCCGGGCGCAAGGCAAGCCCAGUGCCAGCGGCAGUCCCACGCCGUACCAAGCUCGGCUGGAGCUGUACCCGGCCUACUCGGUCGUCGACGAUGCGAAGAACAAGGCGCACAAGCUGAGCGAGGAAGCCGCCAGAGAGUUCGACAAGGCCAGCCAAAAAGCCCAGUCCAAGACCGGCAAGAUCGAGCUGUACUCGGGGAAAUUCUAUGCCGUGUCCACGCUGGGCGGCAUGAUGGCCUGUGGUCUGACCCACACCGCCGUCACCCCGCUGGAUCUCGUCAAGACGCGCCGCCAGGUCGACUCGAAGCUGUACAAGAGCAACUUCCAGGCGUGGGGCCACAUCUACCGCACCGAAGGGCUGCGCGGCAUCUUCACGGGCUGGAGCCCGACCUUCUUCGGCUACUCGGCGCAGGGCGCGUUCAAGUACGGCUGGUACGAAUACUUCAAGAAGACGUACUCGGACCUUGCCGGGCCCGAGGCGGCGCACAAGUACAAGACGGCGCUGUACCUGUCGGCGUCGGCGUCGGCCGAAUUCCUGGCCGACAUCGCGCUGUGCCCGCUGGAGGCCAUCAAGGUGCGCAUGCAGGCGACCAUCCCCGCGCAGUACAAGGGCACCGUGGACGGCUUCAGCAAGAUCGUCGGCGCCGAGGGUGUCGCGGGCCUGUACAAGGGCCUCUACCCGCUCUGGGGCCGCCAGAUCCCCUACACCAUGAUGAAGUUCGCCUCGUUCGAGACCAUCGUCGAGAUGAUCUACGACCGGCUGCCCGGCAGCAAGAACGACUACGGCAAGGCCGCGCAGACAGGCGUGUCGUUCGUCGCCGGCUACGCGGCCGGCAUCCUCUGCGCCAUCGUGUCGCACCCAGCCGACGUCAUGGUCAGCAAGCUGAACGCGUACCGCAAGGCUGGCGAGGGCUUUGGUGCAGUCACCACCAGGAUAUACAAGGACAUCGGCUUCAUGGGCCUUUGGAACGGCCUGCCCGUGAGAAUCGUCAUGAUCGGUACCCUGACCGGCUUGCAGUGGAUGAUUUAUGACUACUUCAAGAUCUUCAUGGGCUUGCCCACGACGGGCGGUCCGGCCCCGGCCCCGUCGAAGAAGGAGGCGGGGCAGUAA